AAGAGCCCAAACCCGUAAGGCGGUCUCCUCUUCCUUCAGCUAGGGCUCGAAUCGCGUUCGUUCCAUCCCUUCUUCUCUCGCUUUCAACGUCGGAAUCGCCGGCGCAACGCCGCACUCGGCGAUCCAGAUCGCCGGCGAUCGCCGGCAGACGAGCUAGUUUGGUUUUGCCCCGCGGGUCUUGCUUUGGAGACGGAGUUCGACAGGAGCCCGGCAGCAUGUCUGAAGAGAGAAGGGUCCACCCGGACUGCCGGAACGCGCCGAAUCCAUACCACGAAUGCAGCGAAUAUUGCUUCGGGAUCAUCGCCGAGGCCAAAGCUCGCGACAGGAGAGAUUCGGAAGCAUCAGAAGCUAGAGCGGAGGGCAGCCAUUCCAAGCUUCCUCAUCAUGAGGUUGUAGCUUCACGUGAUGAGACUGAUUAUGCUGAAGAGCCUGCCGACGAUGAUAACAAACUGCCGGUUGAGGAAAAUGUGGCCGAGGGGGACAUCACUAAACUUACAGGAAGGAAGAAGAAAUUGUUUGAGCUAAGGCUUAAGAUGAAUGAGGCGAGGAAGGCUAAUCAAACUGCAAUGGUGGCUGAAAAUAAAAAAAUGGAAGCGCCAACAGAGUCGAGGGGUAUCUCUAAGCAAAACUGGCUCGAGGAUAGGAAGAAAAAGAUUGGGAAACUUCUUGAUGCUAAUGGCCUUGAUAUGUCAAAGGCAUAUAUGUUAGAUACACAGGAGACAGCUGAGACUAAAUAUAAGAAAUGGGAAAAGGAUCCUGCUCCUUACGGUUGGGACGUUUUCAACCAGAAGACUCUGUAUGAUGCAUACAAGAAGCGCACAAAGAAUAUAAAUAUUGACUUAGACGAAUAUAACAAAAUGAAAGAAGCUGAUCCCGAGUUCUAUCGUGAAGCUUCAAGUCUUCAAUAUGGCAAGGCACCUAAGGUUUCAGAGGAUAAGAUCGACAAAAUGGUACAGGAACUCAAAGAUCGGGAUGAAAAGCGCAUGUCCUUUAGUAGGAGGAGGAGAUUCCGUGAUGAGAAAGACAUUGACUCUAUCAAUGACCGGAAUGAGCACUUCAACAAGAAGAUCGAACGUGCCUUUGGGAAAUACACCCUUGAGAUUAAAAACAACCUUGAGCGAGGAACUGCUUUGCCUGACUGAGAGUCAUAAAUUGUAGAAUUAUCUGGUGUAAGAGAUUCAUUUGUAGAUGACUUCGACUGCAGCUUGACAUGAAUGGCACUUAGGUUCUGUUCGUAUGAUACAAAAAAGUUGUUCGUGGGGGCCGAGAUCCAUUCUAGAAAUUUAUUUUCGCAGCAACUUGACUGGCAAGGUGAUUUUGCAUCUGAAUGGAACAAUCCCUUAUGUAGUGCGCCUGAUGUUGGAUUUUGAGUUAAGGCCCAUCUUUUGAAAUGUGAUAUUAGAGCAUAAGCAGAGUUAUUUGGAA